CUGUUUUGGAGUCGAUAUAAAGAGACACACUCUUUAUCGUUGCUGUGGACGUUCAUAAAACUCAUAAUGUGUAUUUUAUGCGUUGCUUCCGCAUUUGUAUUUGCACUGGCGCCCAAAAUGGAUUUUUUGAGGGCAAUUCAGAUUAGGCAUGUGUGUUAUCCUCUUGCUGCACUGUUGUUCCUUCUGGGACUCCUGUUUGUAGCCUCCUUUCUGUUGGGAUUAACGCGAAAGGGUCGGCAACGUCUCUUUAAGAUCAAACUUUGGUUACACCACAUGUUCUUAUAUGUGGUGCUUCUUGCGGUCUCAUUCAUGUACUCCCCGAUACUGAGAAAUGCCAUCAGCUUGUUUCCCUGUCAGACGGUGGCAUGCACGGUGUUCGAUGGCAGCAGCUACAGUGACGAAGAUACAUCGUCCAUUGGCUCGUAUGCCGCCUGCAUGCAGAGGACGACCACGCACGUCUCUUGCCUCUCUUCAGACCCAAAUGUGCCGUGCAAUGGUAUCGAUGGUUUUUUAAUGGCCUCCGCUGUUCUUGCGACGUCUGCCUAUGCAGUUUUUUUUCUCCUUCUUUACGGUUUGGUUGCCCGACAGGCGCUGCGUGCCCUUCAAAGGUACCCAUUAGCCGACUCGGUGACAGCAUCAUCAACUCCGUUUGCAUGCAAGGAAGAACAAAGAACAGGGAUUGGAAGGAGAUUUGAUGGCGAUGUUACAGACACUUCUCCCACCAUGCCGAUGGAUUCAUUGUUCGCCACAAACGCAUCAGCACUCACGGCUUCACGUGUCAAGAAGACGUCGAAAAAGAUAGAUGUGCUCUAUCGUGAACGUGUAUCAUCCUCGCGGAAUGAGGCACAAUUUCUUUACGCCCCGUAUGCCUAUGCGUUCCGUUACUUCAAACUUGUUGUGCUGGCGCAGAAGACGCUCAUGGUCAUUAUAUCCACAUUGAUGCGACAAGGUAGUGGUGUGGCGAGCCCGUGGAUGGGGUUUGCUGCCUGUGUUUUGAUUCAUGCCGGUUUUGCAGUAGUCUUAAUUGUCUGUCGACCCUACGCGGAGCCGUUGGAGAUUGUGGUAAGUCUCGCACUUCAGGUGAUGCUUUCUGUCGUUGCAGCGAUGGGCCUAACCUCUGCCUUGGCCUCCACUGCCAUCCCUGUGCCGCUGUGGAGCUUUGUGACAUCCUGUCUCUUCUUGGUUCCCUUUGCCGCUGUGAUUGCUGGGGAAAUUCUUACGUUUCGGCAACACAGUCAACGAAAGGCGUGGCGCGAAAAGGACGCAAAGCAGAGUUCAUGUCGUUCCAAUCGUCAUUUCUGGAGACGGUGGGGAAAUUGGCUUUUGGGGUACUUUCGAAAAGCACGGCCUGUGCCCUCGUAUGAGCGGUGCGGCGGCGACCGUCUCGGAAACGAAAUCUUCAUCCCCGCCCUGUACUUUGUACGGGAUAAGAAGAAUACGAGGAAGUCGGUUGGCGGCGGGCCGAUUUUGACAAGGGGAUGUGUGGCUGACGCCUGCACACGUACUCCAGUCGACGACACAGUGGUGCAAUCUGCGGCGCAUUCGGAUCUUGUGGAUAUUUCAAGGGUCCCUACGAACAGCGGCUGUCGAUUCCUACAGGAGCCACGAAGAAAUGUCACGAGCGAUGGAAAGACGGGUGCGAAGCGGCACUGGGCCCUUCUUCGCGAUGCGGUUUAUUCGGGCCAUUUUUUGACAGUUUUUGAUUCACACCGGAAAAAUUAUUUUGAAGUUCCUACAGCUUCGCGGCGCGGAGUAAAGAACACGGCGAGAAUGUCAUCUUUUUCGCCCAUGCGUUUUCCAGAGGAGCAAAACUUUCACAGUAUUGCCAUGACGACUCUCCUCGCUUCCGUGGCAAAUGAAAGCCGGUGGGAGAAGUCGCCGUAUUUUAGUCCGAGCAACAAAUUUGGAGAGUUGCAGAAGCAGCAGGCGCGCAGGGGGUUGGACGUGUCAUUUUCACCCCCGCAUGCCACUUCGCCGCCUCGGGAGGCACGCCGACGGGAGGCCUUCCUGGAGCGUGUUCGAGUAUUUUCAGCCCGUCAGCGCCUGCUCACGCUGCAUUAUCGUCGAAAGCGGCACCUUGUGCUGCAGCAGCGUGCUGUGGAUUGUUUCAUUAAUGAGCAGGUGGCGCAAACAAUGCGGCUUCUUUUGCUUUUUCUUGGCGUCAUAGCGGCCAUGGCGGCUGCACUUUGCAUUUGCGGGAUGAUUCACGUGGAGGGAAACUCCCUGGCGUCCCCACAGGAAUGUGCCAUGACGUAA